AUGAAAGAAGCUAUAUCAUUGCUCGUGUUCCUAAUGUUUCUCAUGCUAGGAACUGGCAACGCAUCCACCCACAAAGAUAUGCUAAAACUCCACGAGGACUUGACAAAACAUUACAACAAAUUUGUGCGGCCAUCUUUUAAUCAGUCAGAACCAACAAUAGUUCAUGUCAAUUUUAGCCUUCUUUCCAUAAAGGAACUAGAUGAAAUGACCAACAAAUUAGCUAUAGUUGGUGUUUUCACAUUCUCAUGGAAUGACUUUCAACUCAAAUGGAACAUCACGGAAUAUGGAUACAGUCAUACAACGCUUCUCUCUCAAACGUCCAUUUGGAAACCAGACGUUAUACAAAUGAAUCCAUAUGAUGAUAUUGAACCGCUUGGUUUUGACCGACAACUUGUUCGUGUCGCUUUUAAUGGAGAUAUACAAUGGGUCCCUGCAAAUGUUUAUCAGUCUAGUUGUGCAAUCGACGUAACAUUUUAUCCCUUCGAUGUCCAAACUUGUGAAAUAAUCUUCUCUUCGUCAAUGUAUCUAGUGUCGGAACUACAUUUCGAAAGUAAAAGUAAAGAGUUCGACCUUGCUUAUUUCUCCCCAAAUGGAUUGUGGGAGGUAAAAGACACGGAAAUACGUUGUCGGAAAGUCGAACCAAUAAUUCGUUUAAUCCUGAAGCUAAGACGGCGAUCGACAUUUCACGUUCUAAACACGUUGGUACCUAUCAGUGUUAUAGGCCUUUUGAAUGUUUUGGUAUUUCUGCUACCUGCAGAUUCCGGAGAACGUAUCAGCUUCUCCAUCACUGUAUUGUUAGCAAUGGCUGUUUUUAUGAGUAUUGUGACAGAAAGUUUACCUAGUACGAGUCAACCAAAUAUCCCGUUACUGUGUUAUUUUCUCACCAUAGAUCUAGGCGCGAAUGUCUUCGUAACGGUGUGUGCCAUUCUUGGAUUGCGUUUCUAUCACAAACCAGACACUCAGAGGGUCCCGAAAUGGUUAAAACGUCUAGUCUCGUGUCAUCGUUGCCUUCGAAAGACGCAUCUAUAUAUAAAUAAAGACUCGGUACCUGAUAAGCGUCCAGAAAGUAUAAAUGACUCUUCUCAGGAGGAUUUCAAACACGUCUGUUUGAAUAAAUCUGCGGUGUCGCUGCCAAGCCAAGAAAACUUUACAUAUGAGAUGCAAGAUAAUCCUGACACUGAUAAAAGGAAGGUUCUAUCUGCUUCAUGUAAUGAACCAUUUACAUACAUUACAUGGAAACAUGUUGCAGAGUUCAUGGACAUUUUUUUAUUCGUGUUGUUUUCGAUGAUUUUGCUUGUAAAAGACAUCGCUGCAGUAUUUCUUUUUCUGCAAUCACAAGACGAUUCUUAG